CUCUCAUGCGCCAUUAUCUCUUGCAACGACCCCAUAACUGUCGUAUUGUAAGAUUUUCUGUGCAGGAACUUCAAUCCUCCACCGCGACUACAGAACAAAAUGCGUGAGUGCAUCUCUAUCCACGUUGGUCAGGCUGGAGUCCAGAUUGGCAAUUCAUGCUGGGAGCUUUACUGCCUGGAACAUGGGAUCCAGCCGGACGGACAGAUGCCCAGUGAUAAGACGUGUGGAGGAGGAGACGACUCCUUCAACACCUUCUUCAGUGAGACUGGAGCUGGAAAGCACGUCCCCAGAGCAGUUUUUGUGGACCUGGAGCCCACUGUCAUCGAUGAGGUUCGCUCCGGGAUCUACCGCCAGCUCUUCCACCCUGAGCAGCUGAUCACUGGCAAGGAAGAUGCUGCCAACAACUACGCCCGAGGACACUACACCAUCGGAAAGGAGAUCAUUGACACGGUGCUGGACAGGAUCCGAAAGCUGGCUGACCAGUGCACCGGUCUUCAGGGUUUCCUGGUGUUCCACAGCUUCGGCGGUGGCACCGGCUCUGGCUUCACCUCCCUGCUGAUGGAGCGUCUGUCCGUCGACUACGGCAAGAAGUCCAAGCUGGAGUUUUCCAUCUACCCAGCUCCCCAGGUGUCCACUGCUGUGGUGGAGCCCUACAACGCCAUCCUGACCACCCACACCACCCUGGAGCACUCUGACUGUGCCUUCAUGGUUGAUAACGAGGCUAUUUAUGAUAUCUGCCGUAGAAACCUUGAUAUUGAGCGUCCCUCUUACACCAACCUCAACAGGUUGAUCAGUCAGAUUGUGUCCUCCAUCACUGCCUCCCUUCGCUUUGAUGGUGCCCUCAAUGUUGAUCUGACAGAGUUCCAGACCAACUUGGUGCCCUAUCCCCGUAUCCACUUCCCUCUGGCCACCUAUGCCCCUGUUAUUUCUGCAGAGAAAGCUUACCAUGAGCAGUUAACCGUGGCAGAAAUCACUAAUUCCUGUUUCGAGCCAGCCAAUCAGUUGGUGAAAUGUGACCCACGCCACGGUAAAUACAUGGCCUGCUGCCUUUUGUAUCGUGGUGAUGUCGUUCCCAAAGAUGUGAACGCUGCCAUUGCCACCAUCAAAACCAAACGCUCCAUCCAGUUUGUUGACUGGUGCCCCACUGGUUUCAAGGUGGGCAUCAACUACCAGCCGCCCACUGUAGUUCCUGGUGGAGACCUGGCCAAGGUCCAGAGGGCUGUGUGCAUGCUGAGCAACACCACUGCUAUUGCAGAGGCCUGGGCUCGGCUUGACCACAAGUUUGAUCUGAUGUACGCUAAGCGUGCCUUUGUGCACUGGUAUGUGGGUGAGGGUAUGGAGGAGGGAGAGUUCUCUGAGGCCAGAGAGGACAUGGCCGCUCUGGAGAAAGAUUACGAGGAGGUUGGAGUCGACUCCAUUGAGGGUGAUGGAGAGGAAGAGGGAGAAGAAUUUUAAAGAACGAAAAGGAACUAGUUAAAUAUCAUAAUGUUGAUUCGUCCUUAAGUACAUUCCAAAAAGAAAUGUGGAUGUCAAUUUGAUGUGAUAGGAAAGGCCAGGGGGGAUAAAACCAGGUUGUUCGGUUGGAGUUUACUUGUUCGAGGGUGAGGAAGAGGAGUAUUAAAAGGGACGUUAUGCACUAGUUAGUCAGGAAACAAUUGCUAAUAAUUGAAGGCAUCUCAAAAAGUAAUAGUUUUUUUACAACUCAGAGUUUUUCUUUUCAGAGGUAGUGAUGCAAAAUGUGUUUGUUCUGUUCUCUAAUAAAUGUCCUGAAAAAUA